GCCGACGUGGGCAAGUCGGGGGCCGAGCGCCAAGUUCAAGGGCUGGGGGACUGCCUGGUGCAGAUCACCAAGUCCGACGGCAUCCGGGGCAUGUACCAGGGGUUCAACGUCUCCGUGCAAGGCAUCAUCAUCUACCGGGCGGCCUACUUCGGGGUGUACGACACGGCCAAAGGCAUGCUCCCUGACCCCAAGAACACCCACAUCUUCAUCAGCUGGAUGAUCGCCCAGUCGGUGACGGCCGUAGCCGGCGUGGUCUCCUACCCCUUCGACACCGUGCGGCGACGGAUGAUGAUGCAGUCGGGCCGCAAAGGAGCCGACAUCAUGUACACGGGCACCAUCGACUGCUGGCGGAAGAUCUUCAAGGACGAGGGCGGCAAGGCUUUCUUCAAGGGCGCCUGGUCCAACGUCCUGCGGGGCAUGGGCGGGGCCUUCGUGCUGGUCCUAUACGAUGAGCUGAAGAAGAUCAUCUAGGCGCCCGCCCGCCGGACCCAGGGCCCCAGGGCCGCCCCCCUCACGGUUACGGACCAUUGACCUUCCGGAAAUUCCACGUCCCUGCCGGCCAGACCACGGUAGCGCCGGGCGGGACCUAGGACCAGACCCUUCCUCCGAUCAUGACCACUGACACCCCA